GGCGGGCGAAGGCGGGAGCGCGCGGGAGCCGCGGGCGGGCCGCAGGAAACAUGAAGGUCAUCACCUGUGAAAUCGUGUGGCAUAACAAGGAGCCGGUUUACAGCUUGGACUUCCAGCAUGGAGCGGAUGGGAGGAUGAAUCGCCUGGCCUCGGCCGGGGUGGACACGGCCGUGAGGAUCUGGAAGGUGGAGAAGGGCCCGGAUGGAAAAGCCAUUGUGGAGUUCCUGUCCAACCUGGCGCGCCACACCAAGGCCGUGAACGUCGUGCGCUUCUCUCCCAGCGGGGACAUCCUGGCCUCAGGAGGGGAUGAUGCUGUCAUUUUGCUGUGGAAGCUGAACGACAGCAAAGAGUUGGAGCCGUUGGUGUUUCAGGAUGAUGAUGAAGCUCAGCUCAACAAGGAGAACUGGGCAGUCAUUAAAACUUUGAGAGGCCACUUGGAAGAUGUGUAUGAUAUUUGUUGGACCUCAGAUGGAAAUUACAUGGCAUCUGCUUCUGUGGAUAACACAGCAAUCAUGUGGGAUGUCAAUAAAGGACAGAAAGUUUCAAUAUUUAAUGAGCACAAGAGUUAUGUCCAAGGAGUCACCUGGGAUCCUCUGGGCCAGUAUAUUGCAACCCUGAGUUGUGACAGGGUCCUGCGAGUUUACAGCACCCAGACCAAGCGAGUGGCCUUCAAUGUCACCAAGAUGCCAUCGGGGUCGGGAGCUGAAGGAGAGGUGAGGAGCUUUCGGAUGUUCCACGAUGACAGCAUGAAGUCGUUCUUCCGCAGGCUCAGCUUCACCCCUGAUGGCUCCUACCUGCUCACUCCAGCUGGCUGUGUGGAAUCGGGAGAGAACGUUACCAACACCACCUAUGUUUUCUCCAGAAACAAUCUUAAAAGGCCCGUGGGUCACCUGCCCUGUCCUGGCAAGGGCACUCUGGCUGUUCGCUGCUGCCCUGUGUACUUUGAGCUGAGAGCAGCCUCUGCUGCAGAUGAAAUGAGCCCCAAAUCCCCCCCUGCCCUGUUCAGCCUGCCCUAUCGAUUGGUGUUUGCUGUUGCCUCCGAGGAUUCUGUGCUGUUUUAUGACACUGAGCAGUCCUUCCCCUUUGGUUAUGUCUCCAACAUCCAUUACCACACCCUGAGUGACAUUUCAUGGUCCAGUGAUGGAUCCUUCCUGGCCAUUUCCUCCACGGACGGGUACUGCUCCUUCGUCACCUUCGAGGAGGAUGAGCUGGGAGUGCCCCUGAAGGAGAAGCCCCAGAUCCCUGUCAGGACUCCUGGAGGAACAGCAGCAGACAAGAAAGCCAAGAAAAGCCAAUCCCACAAAGUGAUUUCCCCAGGCUCCAGGCUGCCAGAGGGGACCCCUCCCAGCAAGGAUCCCCCAGGGCAACCCCGAACCCCCAGCACUGCUGGGAAGGAGCUGCCUUCAACCCCUGUGGGCAUCAAAAGCACCCCAGUGCCAUCCCCUUCAACCCCUGUGGGCAUCAAAAGCACCCCAGUGCCAUCCCCUUCCACCCCUGUGGGCACCAAAGCCACCCCAGUGCCAUCCCCUUCCACUCCUGUGGGCACCAAAGCCACCCCAGUGCCAUCCCCUUCCACUCCUGUGGGCAUCAAAGCCACCCCAGUGCCAUCCCCUGCCACCCCUGUGGGCAUCAAAAGCACCCCAGUGCCAUCCCCUUCCACUCCUGUGGGCAUCAAAAGCACCCCAGUGCCAUCCCCUGCCACCCCUGUGGGCAUCAAAAGCACCCCAGUGCCAUCCCCUUCCACCCCUGUGGGCAUCAAAACCACCCCAGUGCCAUCCCCUGCCACCCCUGUGGGCACCAAAGCCACCCCAGUGCCAUCCUCAGAGGAGAGGAGGAGCAGCCAGAGCAGCAGAGCCCCCCAGCCCAGGAGGGUCACCCUCACCACUCUGCAGUCCUGUUUCAAAACACCCAGGAGAAUAAACUUGAUUUCCUUGAAGCCAGACAGCCCAGCCUCUGCAGAUCCAGAGCCAGCCCCCAUGUCCAUCCCUCCUUCCUCAGAGCAGGAGCAUGAGAAGCCAUUGCCAUCUGAUGAGAGCCUCCAAGCUCCCCCAGCCCCAAAACGUGCCAGGACUGAGGAUUUGUCCCUUCCUGCUCCUGCUGGAGACCAGACCAGCUGUGAGUCCAACAAAUAAAGGCUGAGCAGCCUGAAUCCAA